ACCGAAAAUGAUGCUGGAUUAUUUAUUCAACGUGUUCAAGAACAAACCUUUGAAUUCGAAUAUAAUGAUAAUCCUGGCGAAAUUAAAACAAUUUCAAUUGAAUUUUUUCCGUCAAAAGAAUACGGAAGGAAUAACCAUACUAUUUAUAAGAUUCAGAUAACACAAUUAAAUUUUCAUUGGUGUAAUUUACAUUUUCAUUUACUCACCACCAGUAUCACAAUACCAGUACCACAACCGUCAGCACCAGAAACAUCAAAAGCACUACUAAUACUGGGAACAUUGAAAGUACCACUAACAUUGGGAACAAUGAUAACAGCACCACCAGAAUAG